AAAUAAAAUUAGACAUAUUUAUCCACUCAAAUUCGCUGCCCAUCCGGAGCGCGUUUUUUUUGUGACGCAAAAGUGACAGGAGCUGGGCGCCUUUUUGCGUUACGUUCCUGAGGGAGUCGCCGUCCCCUCUGGACACAAUAACACGAACUAGUCGUUCGCCAUAUCGUCGGGAGUGUUGGCUGGUGAAUACAACGCGAUUUAUCGCGAUCAGCUGCAAGCUCGGGUUCGCGAGGGUGUCGUCUCGUCGACGUGACGUUUUUCGAACCGCGAGAGGACUCGCUCCAGCUAGGGAGCUCGCGACAGACAAUCAAAUUACGCAGGAUGACAGAAAAGCUGUGCUGUACAAAUUGAGAGAUGCAACAUGGAACCAACAACAGAAGAAAAGUGUGAUGUGAAAGUAUCAGAAAUAUCUAAUGCUCAAACUGUUAUUGCUGAUAAAAGUAAAAUAACAAAGGAAUCAGAGGCAACAAAUACAGAGAAAAAGAAACAUGAAAAAUGCAAGAACGUCUCUAAUGCCAAAUCAAAAAGAUCCAUUGCAAGAGUCAAGACUAAAAAAGCUCGAAGUGUCGAUCAACCAAGCUACGAUCCCACAAAAUUGGAGGAUAGCCCAACUCAGGUAUUAGAACGCUUCAAAAGAGGCUGCGAGUGUGUCGACGAUCAGUGCUUCAAGAACCUAAAUCCCGAGAUAGUUUAUCGACACAGACUAAACAUCGCGGAGUUGACCAAGGCCGAGCACGACAUGUAUUUAAUGGGGGUGACAAUGGCAUGCCUGACGGAUCCUUAUCAAACCGCUCGGCACACAGAACGACGUAGAUUACGUGCACAAUAUGUCUAUCAGGGUCGAAGAGUGUGCCUGGAUGCGUUCCUGUACUUGGAGAAUUGUACACAUUAUCAGAUCAAACGAAUUCGGAAGCAUCUGAUGACGCACGGCGUAACGCCACGUGUACACGGCAAUCACGGGAAGAUCCCGCACAACACGUUCUCCCUAGACAUAUAUAAGAUCGCGACGAAAUUUCUGAAGAACUUUAUCGAGGUGCAGGAGGCCAAGCAGAAGACCAAGCUCGCUAAGAACGCGCCGCUACAUCUGUCGCCGGAUAUCACGCGGAAAACUGUGCACGACCUGUACACGCAAUAUUGCAAGAAAUUGUCACCCGACGUCAAGAGCAUGGGCUACUCGACGUUUCGGCGAUUCAUGAAGGUGCAGUUCCCGCAAGUGAAGUUUGCCAAGCUGGAAUUCAUCGUGAGAAAUCAGACCACGCAGAGUCAUUGUCAGACGGAACCCGAUGCGAGGGAUGACACGAGUCAACAGAAGUCACCAAAGUCGGAAGGUGGUACGAUAUUGCCAUUGAUGAUAACUCACGAGUUAGGACAGAACGAGACCUAUGUGCUAACUCCUAUCAGUAAAUUACAGGACGGCGUGAGUUAUCAAGUUACUACGCGCGGGCUGGUAGUUAACAGUCCCGCUAUCACAUUGUCGAAAACGAACAUAAACUAGAAAAUUGCAUGAGAGAGAAAAGAAUAGUUAUAUAUUAUAUCAUAGCAAAUUGUACGUAUAUUGUAUGUAUAUGUGAAUGUGAUAUAUGCGCCUAUGUUGUAAGGUUCUAAUUUCUCAGUAAUUUUUUCCUAUACCUCGGUCCUAAACCGAGAGUACGGUAAUAUAUUGCACGCGUUAGAUAUUUGUUAUUGUUCGAAAAAGUCGCAAUAAGAAUAUUUUAUAACGUGUAUAAAUAUAUAUAUAUAUAUAUAUGAUAC